AGCAGGAAGCAAGGGGAAGAAAAGAAGAGGGGUUGUGAAGGAGCUUCACGGUCUUUUUCAGUCAUAAUGGAUUAAGGGCAAAUGCUUUGUCAGCUUUUGUGGCUUAGGGAUCUCAGCAUCUUGUACAAGGAGCUCCAUUCCAUUCUGCUUAUUCUUGGUGCAGGUUCCCUCUGCUGACAUGGUUUGCAGACUUUCUCCUACAUCAGCACCUUCAUAUGUGAGAGGCUGAUUGGGAAUUAGUGCAGGAUGAGAAGAUGGAACAGCCACAUUUACCCCCACCAGGACCUGACAGCCUUCGCUUCUUCACCAGAGAAUCUCUUGCUAUUAUCGAGAAGCGCGUUGCAGAAGAAAAAGCCAAAAAACCAGCAAAGGACCGCAGAGAUGACGAUGACGACAAUGGACCCAAGCCGAACUCAGACUUGGAAGCAGGCAAAAGCUUGCCUUUUAUAUAUGGAGACCUACCAUCCGCAAUGGUCUCGGAGCCAAUGGAGGACCUUGACCCCUAUUACGCCAACAAAAAGACAUUUAUAGUAUUGAAUAGAGGGAAGGCAAUCUUCCGCUUCAGUGCCACGUCUGCCUUGUACAUUUUAACACCCUUUAACCCCAUUAGAAAAAUAUCAAUAAAGAUUUUGGUGCAUUCGUUAUUCAGCAUGCUCAUUAUGUGCACUAUUUUGACCAACUGUGUGUUCAUGACCAUGAGUAAUCCCCCGGAAUGGACCAAGAAUGUAGAAUACACUUUCACUGGGAUUUAUACCUUUGAAUCUCUAAUAAAAAUUCUGGCAAGAGGAUUUUGCUUAGAAGGUUUCACUUUCCUGCGGGAUCCAUGGAACUGGCUGGACUUCAGUGUCAUUAGCAUGGCAUAUGUCACAGAGUUUGUGGACCUGGGCAAUGUCUCAGCAUUGAGAACAUUCAGAGUUCUCCGAGCAUUGAAAACAAUUUCAGUCAUUCCAGGCCUCAAGACCAUUGUGGGUGCCCUGAUUCAGUCGGUUAAGAAGCUUUCAGAUGUGAUGAUUCUCACAGUGUUUUGUCUAAGUGUGUUUGCACUAAUAGGACUGCAGCUUUUCAUGGGACACCUACGGAAUAAAUGUGUACGGUGGCCCCCAGUAUAUGAACCAAAUAUUACCUCCUACUUUAAUGCAUCUUAUGGCAUGAAUGGCUCCUAUAUCAACAUAACUUUAAAUCCAUUUGACAAAGAAGAAUAUAUCCUAGAUGAAAACAAUUUCUAUUUUUUGCCUGGGCAGAGGGAUGCCCUUCUUUGUGGAAACAGCACGGAUGCAGGCCAAUGCCCAAAAGGAUUUGUAUGUUUAAAAACUGGAAGGAAUCCUAACUAUGGCUACACAAGUUUUGAUACCUUCAGCUGGGCCUUCCUGUCCCUGUUUCGGCUGAUGACUCAAGAUUACUGGGAGAACCUUUAUAUGCUGACCCUGCGAGCUGCUGGCAAGACCUACAUGAUCUUCUUUGUGCUGGUGAUCUUCUUGGGCUCCUUCUAUCUUAUUAAUCUGAUCCUGGCUGUGGUGGCCAUGGCCUAUGACGAACAGAACCAAGCAACAUUAGAAGAAGCUGAGCAGAAAGAAGCCGAAUUCCAGCAUAUGAUGGAGCAGUUAAGAAAGCAUCAAGAAGAUAUUCAGACAGCGGCAGCCGCAGCACAUGAAGCAGCAAUUGGAUCCAGAGAGUUUAGUGGAGGGACAGGUUAUGGAGGCCUGUCAGAGAGUUCAUCUGUAACAUCUAUGCUUAGUUCCAAAAGUGCCAAGGAAAGAAGAAACAGAAGAAAGAAACGGAAACAAAAAGAGCAGGGUGAAGAGAAGUGUGAUGGCCAGAAAUUCCGCAAGUCAACAUCAGAGAACAGCCUGAAGAAGUUCCGUUUCCCCUUAGAGGGAAUGCGGUUGUCCUAUGACAAGAAAUCUUCCCCCCACCAGUCCCUGCUCGAUGUCCAGGAGGGCCUAUUCUCACCAAGGCGAAACAGUAAAACCAGCCUAUUCAGUUUUCGAGGCCGUGGGAAGGAUGUGGGAUCAGAGAAUGACUUUGCAGAUGAUGAACACAGCACUUUUGAGGACAACGAGAGCAGGAGAGGUUCUUUAUUUGUACCACGCAGAUCCGGAGAGAGGCGGAACAGCAAUAUCAGCCAAGCCAGCAAGGCCUCGAGAACCCUGCCAGCGAAUGGGAAGAUGCACAGCACAGUGGAUUGCAACGGAGUGGUCUCCCUGCUGGGUGGGCCGUCACCAACAUCGCCUGCUGGACUACUUCUGCCAGAGGUGAUAAUAGAUAAACCAGCUUCUGAUGACAAUGGUGCCAACACCGAAAACGAGCUGAGAAAAAGAAGGUUAAGUUCCUAUCACGUUUCAAUGGAUUUUUUGGAAGAUCCUAUUCUGAGACAAAGGGCUUUGAGUAUAGCCAGCAAUCUUACCAACACAAUGGAGGAAUUAGAAGAAUCUAGGCAAAAAUGUCCUCCGUGCUGGAACAAAUUUGCCAAUACCUAUCUGAUAUGGGAUUGCUCUGACAACUGGCUGAAAAUAAAGUAUGCCGUCAAUGUUGCGGUGAUGGACCCCUUCGUUGAUCUUGCGAUCACCAUCUGCAUCGUUUUAAAUACCUUGUUCAUGGCAAUGGAGCAUUAUCCUAUAACUCCUGAGUUUGCUGAAGUGCUGUAUGUUGGAAAUCUGGUAUUCACUGGUAUUUUCACUGCAGAGAUGAUCUUCAAACUCAUUGCACUAGACCCCUACUACUACUUCCAAGUGGGGUGGAAUAUAUUUGACAGUAUUAUUGUCAGUUUGAGCUUAAUGGAACUCGGUCUGUCCAACGUGGAAGGAUUGUCAGUACUGAGGUCCUUUAGAUUGCUCCGAGUCUUCAAGUUGGCAAAAUCAUGGCCUACUCUCAACAUGCUGAUCAAGAUCAUCGGUAACUCUGUGGGAGCUCUGGGAAACCUGACCUUGGUGUUGGCUAUCAUUGUGUUUAUUUUUGCUGUGGUCGGCAUGCAGCUCUUUGGUAAAAGUUACAAGGAAUGUGUCUGCAAAAUAUCACCUGACACAUGUAAACUUCCACGCUGGCACAUGAAUGACUUCUUCCAUUCCUUCUUGAUUGUGUUCCGUGUACUGUGUGGAGAGUGGAUCGAGACUAUGUGGGACUGUAUGGAGGUGGCCGGACAAUCUAUGUGUCUAACAGUGUUUAUGAUGGUGAUGGUCAUUGGAAAUCUAGUGGUGUUAAACCUGUUCUUAGCUUUGCUGCUGAGCUCAUUUAGCUCAGACAAUCUUGCUGCAACAGACGAUGAUAAUGAAAUGAAUAAUCUACAAAUUGCCAUGGCUAGAAUGCACAUUGGGAUUGCGUGCGUGAAAAGGAAAGCACGGGAGUUCAUCCAGAACGCAUUUGUGAAGAAGAAAAAAGAGCUGGAGGAAAAUAAACCUUUAGAAGACAUGCAGAACCAGAAAGACUGCUGUAUAUCCAACCACACCACCGUGGAAAUAAACAAAGACUUUGAGUACCUGAAGGAUGGGAAUGGAACGGCCACAAGUGGUAUUGGUAGCAGUGUGGAAAAAUACAAUAUUGAUAUGGAAAGUGACUAUAUGUCAUUCAUACAUAACCCGAGUCUCACGGUAACUGUACCAAUAGCUGUAGGGGAAUCAGACUUUGAAAACUUGAACACAGAGGAAUUUAGCAGUGAGUCUGACAUUGAAGAGAGCAAAGAGAAACUGACCCUAUCCAGCUCAUCAGAAGGCAGCACUGUUGACAUAAGGCCACCCGCGGAAGGUGAACCUGCAGCUUUAGUGGAGCCGGAGGAAAUUAUGGAGCCAGAAGCUUUCUUUACAGAAGGGUGUAUCAGGAAGUUCCCAUGUUGUGAUUUCAGUACUCUGGAAGGGAGAGGAAAACAGUGGUGGAACCUAAGAAAAACAUGUUUUAGAAUAGUAGAACACAACUGGUUCGAGACGUUCAUAAUCUUCAUGAUUCUUCUUAGCAGUGGAGCUCUGGCUUUUGAAGACAUUUACAUUGAACAAAGAAAAACAAUUAAAACCAUGCUGGAAUAUGCUGAUAAAGUCUUCACGUACAUCUUCAUCCUUGAAAUGCUUCUGAAAUGGUUGGCCUAUGGAUUUGCUAAAUACUUCACCAACGCCUGGUGCUGGCUGGACUUCCUGAUUGUUGAUGUGUCAUUGGUUAGCUUAAUAGCUAACGCCUUGGGCUACUCAGAAUUAGGGGCUAUAAAGUCCCUUAGGACACUGAGGGCAUUGAGACCUUUGAGGGCCCUGUCACGGUUUGAAGGGAUGAGGGUGGUUGUAAAUGCCCUUAUUGGUGCUAUACCUUCCAUCAUGAACGUGCUGCUGGUUUGUCUAAUAUUUUGGCUAAUUUUUAGCAUUAUGGGGGUGAACAUGUUCGCUGGAAAAUAUGGCUACUGUUUAAAUGUCACAUCGGAAGAAUACUUUGAUAUUGAUAUAGUCAAUAAUAAAUCAGAUUGUGAAGCAAUCAUAGCAGCCAAUAAUCAAAGCGCAAGAUGGAAAAACGUUAAAGUGAACUUUGAUAAUGUCGGCUUUGGUUAUCUAGCCUUGCUUCAAGUGGCAACAUUUAAAGGCUGGAUGGAUAUCAUGUAUGCUGCUGUUGAUUCGAGAAAGAUGGAACAGCAACCAAAAUAUGAAGACAAUCUGUACAUGUACCUUUAUUUUGUCAUAUUCAUCAUCUUCGGAUCCUUUUUCACGCUAAAUCUGUUCAUUGGUGUCAUCAUUGAUAACUUUAAUCAACAGAAAAAGAAAUUUGGAGGUCAGGAUAUCUUCAUGACAGAAGAACAAAAGAAAUAUUACAAUGCCAUGAAAAAACUAGGAUCCAAAAAGCCACAAAAACCUGUUCCUAGGCCACAGAAUAGAUUCCAAGGUGCUGUCUUUGAUUUUGUGUCCACGCAACCGUUUGACAUCACCAUUAUGGUUUUGAUUUGCUUGAACAUGGUAACAAUGAUGAUAGAAACAGACGACCAGACCAAAGACAUGGAAAAUAUCUUGUACUGGGUUAAUGCAGUCUUUAUUGUGCUCUUCACCGGAGAAUGUGUGCUCAAGCUUACUUCCUUACGACAUUACUACUUCACAAUGGGAUGGAAUAUUUUUGAUUUUGUGGUUGUCAUUCUCUCUAUAGUAGGUAUGUUCCUAGCUGAUCUGAUUGAAAAAUACUUUGUAUCACCAACCCUGUUCAGAGUGAUAAGACUUGCCAGAAUAGGACGUAUCCUGCGUCUCAUUAAAGGAGCAAAAGGCAUUCGUACUUUGCUGUUUGCUUUGAUGAUGUCACUUCCUGCAUUGUUUAACAUAGGAUUACUACUUUUCCUUGUUAUGUUCAUUUACGCUAUCUUUGGAAUGUCCAACUUUGCCUAUGUCAAGAAAGAAGCAGGAAUUGAUGACAUGUACAAUUUUGAAACGUUUGGCAAUAGUAUGAUUUGUUUAUUCAUGAUCACAACAUCAGCUGGAUGGGAUGGCUUGUUAGCACCCAUUCUUAACAGUAAAUACCCAGAUUGUGAUCCAGCUAUAGAACAUCCUGGGAGUUCUGUUAGAGGGGAUUGUGGUAACCCUUCUGUUGGGAUUUUCUUCUUUGUAAGUUAUAUCAUCAUAUCCUUUUUAGUGGUGGUAAACAUGUAUAUUGCUGUCAUUUUGGAGAACUUUGGUGUUGCGACAGAGGAAAGUGCAGAACCACUUGGAGAGGAUGACUUUGAAAUGUUCUAUGAAGUCUGGGAAAAGUUUGAUCCAGGUGCAACACAGUUCAUUCAGUACAAUAAAUUGACUGAAUUUGCCGAUGCUCUAGAUCCGCCCCUUCGCAUGCCAAAACCAAACAAUGUACAGCUUAUUGCAAUGGAUCUUCCCAUGGUAAGUGGUGACAGAAUUCACUGCCUUGACAUCUUGUUUGCUUUCACAAAGCGAGUAUUGGGUGAAGGAGACGAAAUGGAUAAUCUCCGUCAACCAAUGGAGGAACGUUUCAUGGCUUCCAACCCUUCAAAGGUCUCUUAUGAACCAAUCACUUCUACGUUACGUAGAAAACAAGAGGAAUUGUCAGCUAUUGUGAUCCAACGCGCCUUCCGAAGUUAUCUUUUGAGGAAAACCAUACAUCGUGCUUCCUUUAUGUACCGUAAUGCUAAAGACAAAGAUGGAGACAGUCUAAUAACACGGAAGGACGUGCUGAGCGACCGACUUAAUGGGAACUCUACAACAGAUAAAGUAGACAUUACACCCUCAACAACAUCUCCCCCAUCCUAUGACAGUGUUACAAAACCAGACAAAGAGAAACAUGAAAAAGACAAAACAGAGAAAGAAGACAUGGCAAAAGAUAUCAGGGAGCGUAAGAAGUAACUUUUUUUGUGGCAAAAUGUUUACAGCCUGUGAACAUUUUUUAUGUCAGCAGGACUCCUUUCAGAGAAUUAUGCCAAACUGACAGUUCUUAAAAUUAUGUACUUAUGGUCAGUGCCUACAGUAUGACAGUGACCCCCUGCCAGGAAUGGACUACAAAGACGCUCAACACCCUUGACUGGAGGUUACUGUUUUAACCUCUUCACUGAUAUAGAGGCUUGCAAUGCAUCGGUCAAGGAUGUUUUGCUGGUCACUUAGGAAGUAAAGGGGUUGACUUCCCAGCUGACACUGCUGAAGAGGAUAGUCAAAAUGGCUACUCAGACUGUGCGGAAUGGGGACCAUUUUGUGGGAUACAAACCUAUUGUUUUUUUUUUGUGUGUUGAACACUUUAGUAAAGUACUUGUAUCCACUGUUUGCAUUUCAACUGCCAUACUUGCCAUAUGUUUACAAGUUCUAUGUUUAUGGAUUCAUCCUUUUUUUGAAUUCAUGGGUUCUCUACAAUUAUAUGCGACUAUUUUUGUAAAUGGGUUUUAUGUUGGGAAGGAGCUGAUAAUGACGACUUCAAAGGUAUGGGAACCAGGUGUUCUUCAAUAUCUUUCACUAUAACAUAUAUGGAGAAAAGUGAUUGCAUGAACGCAUGCCAGGCUCAUAGGUCAUGCAUGGGAAAAAAAUAAAAACAUAGAGCUUAAAAAAAAU